AUGGAUGAAACUUCAGCUUCAAUACAGGAAGCCAAGGACGUGGCGGCGGCUCUAGAGGCUAGAGUAUGUCAGUUCGAGAUCGAUGGCGGCUCCAACAAGCUCGGCCAGCAUGAUGUUGAGCCACCCACCAAAGCAGCCCAUGUCGAGCUCUUCAACUACGGUGUCAUCGCGUCAGUCUCUUCCUUGACAUAUGGGACUUGGGAGAAAAAUGACGCAGCGCUAUUAGUUAUGGUGUUGAACUUCCGAUCCCCAGACAGCGGGAUUCUCCGGUUUACAAAAGCAGAGCUCUCAAUAGACUUCAAAAGGCAGCGACCUGAGGAUAGCUCCCCGGUUGUCCAACUCUUCCAUCCUAAAAGCAAUAGAAAAUCAGCUGCAAGUGCGAUGGGUCUUCAGACCACCGAAUCACCCAGCCUCUGGCCGCCCGCAGCUUAUUCAACCAAAGGGGAUCGCUGGUCAGAAAAGUCACAGGAAGAACCGCAUCGGGUAUUUUGGGAGGUUUCAAUUCCGCGUGGCAGCUCAGCCGACAUCAACAACAAUUCAAUCCCCUUAUGCGCUAUAGUGAGUUUUCAGGGAUCUUUCAUGGCCACUGUUAGGUUGAAAGCUACUACUGCUCUAAAACUCAAGCUCGAAAGCUUCCCCUGGUCGAAAAGGGACCCUAUGUUGUUUAAUGGCCACACUUUCAAGGGCAAACAAUUUUCUAAUACCAAGUUUGCCGAACUUCGAAAGAACGAGAUCGAAGAACAUUUGCCCCGACAAUAUCCGAAGCCAGACUUGACCUCAGGAGCCAAUAGCGCAACGCCAGUACCAGAGACUGUUUAUCGAAUUCACGGGAUUCCCAUCUCUUACACAGUUGAUAGCUUCUCCGAAAUACUGUCUAAAGUUUUGAAUAUCCCCUCCACCUCGAUUCAGAUCAAAACGUUCUCGAGAAACCCGAACCACGAGGAGAUAACAGCUUUGGGGUCAUUCACAUCCUUUCCAACGAAGCUCAAGAGUACACAGCCAGGUCGUUGGCAGAUUUCUGUGCCAUCGACAGAAUUGCCGAGCAAUAGGAAUAAUCAUGCCAACCCUCCUUCGUCAUUAUCGAGCCCAGGUCUUGAUCUCCAUUUUGAUACCAAUUUUCUUGGGUUCACAAAUCUCAGCCCGAUUUCUCCUGGUCCUUCCAACAUUGACAUCGUCACGGUACAUGGUCUCGGUGGUCACGCCUACGGGUCUUUCAAGCACCGAGGUAGACAUUACAUGUGGUUAAAUGACGCAUUACACGUUGACCUAUGCAACAUUGCACCAUCGAAAGAGUUCCCAGAGGGGAUCAAACCAAGAAUCCUUCUAUAUGGACACGACUCCCAUAUACAACAAAGUCAGACAUUCCAGUCCUUGGAGGACCUGGCCACUGAGCUCAAAGUUUUGCUUCGUGGGGUACGCCGGCAUGAUCCAACCAGGCCACUAAUUUUUAUCGGACAUAGCCUUGGUGGACUUCUAAUCAAACAACUUUUAAUACAGUGGUCAGUGGAAGAGGGCAACGCCAUUGACGCGUCAAGCCGUGAGGCCACCAUUGGGCUAUUGCUGUUUGGGGUCCCCAAUCGCGGGAUGGACAUUACCGCCAUAUUAUCAAUUGCUGGGGAACAGCCGAAUGCUGAGUUUAUAUCCUCUUUGGGAAUCGGCUCUCCCAUCCUGGAAGAGCAGUCAAAAACAUUCCCCGCACUUUGCAAGUCCACAAAGAUGCGUACAUAUUCUUUUUUCGAGACAUGUGUAUCAAAAACAGCAACAAAGAUUAAUGGAAAGCUGAGCAUCACUGGGGAUGAAGUAGUCUUGGUCGACAAGGCUUCUGCAACUCAUGGGCGACCGUGGGAGAUGAACAAUCAAUUCAUCAUUCCAAUACAGCGCUCCCAUUCAGACUUGGUCAAGUUUGAGAAAUACAGCCCCGACUAUGACAAGGUACAAGGUUGCUUUAAUGAAAUUCUCGGGUCAGAAAAGAGCUUGGGUGUUGGCGCGCUCCCUCUGCAGUGA